AGACUUGGAGCUGCAGUCGGCGAGUAGUGUUAGUGCAGUGAGUGCGCGAAAUCAAAGAAAGGCUUACCGUAAGCCUAGUGUUUUCACAGUGAGUGCUAGUGCGCGAAAUUGUGAUGUUGACCGUCAACAUAUGGGCAAUAUAGGUGAUGUGUCGUGUGAAAUUGAAAAACAAAACAAAGCGUGUUCUCCCAUACCGCAAAGACAUUUUAAUAUCUAAUUAUAAAAAUAAUUGUUUAAUAAUAAGUUAGAUACUGUAACCAUUUUCAUCUUACAAAUAACAAUCAUUCACUAGGUUAAGUUACAAAUUGUUUAUCACCUUGUUACUUAAAUAAGAUCAUCUCAUCAAUCACAUAUCACCUAACUUACAUUAUAAUCAUCUCUUCACAUUUUGGCCCGGCAGCAUGUACGGUCCAACCGUACAUUUCUGCUGGCGUUAACAUUUUACGCAAUGUAUAGCGAUUGCAUUGCGUAGUUGGACAAUUAUAAAAACUGAGUUAGUUCACGUUUUCACCGUAAACGCGACGGACGCGAACUCAUCAACAUAACAUUUAACAUUAACAUUUAGCAUUAUUCAACAUAUUUUAAUCUUAUAUUUUUUACUUGUUUAUUAAACUGUUUUAACAUAAAAUCUAAAUUAUUAUUGAACAGUCGUCCAUUACCCGAACACCGCGAGCCCCAGUCAUUCGCCAUGACUCCGACAAACUUAGCGGUUGCGUGCACCACCACUGCUGCGACGUUAGUCAUUAUUCAACACAUUUUAAAUAAAAAAAAGAGAAACGGAAACCUAGAUGGUGGAUGAAAAAAUUGUAUCGUGAAAGAUUACAGUGUGAAAAUAGGCUAAUGGAAGAUAUAAAUUAUGAAGAAAGUGGGGACAAAAAUUUUGUGAGAAUGAGUUUGCAAGAUUUUGAAAUAAUUCUUGAAAAGGUUGAACCUGAAAUAAAAAAACUGAAGACUAAUUUUCGAGAAGCUAUCACAGCCAGAGAAAGGCUAUCCGUGACGUUAAGGUUUUUGGCCACCGGGGACUCAUAUACAAGUUUACAAUAUCUGUUUCGCAUAUCUAAACAGUCCAUAUCUACUACUCGUAUUAUUAUUGAAGUAUGUGAUGCAAUUAUCAAGGCUCUCAAGGAUCAUGUGAAGCUACCCGAGACUGAAAAUCAAUGGAUGGCCGUUGCAAAAGAAUUUGAAGAAAAGUGGAACUUCCCACAUGCAAUAGGCGCAAUGGACGGCAAACAUGUUUGCCUUCAAGCACCAUUAAAUAGUGGAACGGAAUUUUACAAUUAUAAACAAUAUUCUAGCAUUGUAUUGUUAGCAUUAGUUGACGCUGACUACAAUUUUAUGUACGUAAAUAUUGGAUGUCAAGGACGCAUAUCAGAUGGAGGUGUUUUUAAAAACACUUCCUUGUACAGGAACCUUGAAAACAAAAGCCUAAAUUUACCGAAUCCUGAAAUAUUACUAACUCCUUACAAUGUGAAGGUACCGUAUAUAAUUCUGUGUGAUAAAGCAUUUGCCCUCAGUGAAUAUACCAUGAAACCCUUUUCGGGUAAUCCAGAAAGAGGAUCUAUUGAAAGAAUAUUCAAUUAUCGUCUAUCAAGAGCAAGGAGGGUAGUUGAGAAUGCAUUUGGAAUACUGAGUUCGGUGUUUCGAGUACUACGAAAACCAAUGCUUUUGGAACCGAAAAAAGCUACAAAAAUUGUAUUGGCAACUGUUUGUUUACACAAUUUUUUACGAAAAAGCAGACUAUCAAAUAUUUACGCACAGACCAAUGCAUUUGAUUCUGAACAGCGAGGAGAGCUUGUUCCAGGUGCAUGGCGACAAGACCAACAGCAGUUAACUUCUUUUUUUCCUUUAGACAGUGUACCUAGGAGAUCGCCCAAUACUCCUACUCAUAUACGUUUACAUCUGGCGGAACACUUUGUUAAUAAUGUCCCCCUUGAGUGGCAAAAUAAUCACUAAGUUUUAAUGUAACGUAUAUAUUAAAUAGAACGUGUACUACCUACACGGAUUAACGUAGACUACAAUAUGUAUAAUAAAAUUGAAAAAGCCUCAUAAAGCAGCUGGUCCAUUUUCUCAGACACCAGUAUAAAUAUAAUAACGUUAAUAACUAAUCGUAAUUACUUACAGUAGUCUCCGUUGUUGGCAGAGGUUUGUCCUUAUCAUUAAGAAAGGUAAAAUAUUCAGAUGCAAACCACUUCGAUAUAUAUACAUCAUUAGCUCCUGUAAAAAAAGAUAUAAAAGUAUAUAGGCUAUUAUAAAUAUGUCAAUUUACAAUGCGACAAUACAAUGCGUAAAUAAACAAUUUAAAAACU